AUGAAAAAUCAUCUUAUACUAACCGUUAACGAGAUCAAUAAAUGGCGGCAAAAAGUCAUUGACGAUGUGAAUAAUUAUGCCGAGGAGCAAAUCCGUAUUCUAGCGGAAGAUUUUCAACGUCAACGACUCAAUCUUGAUGAAAAACGUGAAGAAAAUAUUGACACAACACGUGCUUGUUACGCUGCACGAAACAUCGAUUUAUUUCAAGAAUUACUCAAUGAAUGUCGAUCAUUAGAAUUUCAAGUAACACAGCUUGAGUUUGUCACUGGUGAAAUGCAAGGUCUUAAAAUUAUAACUGUCUCCGAACAAAUAGAAAGAAAGAAGAAGGAAAAGUUUAAUACAUCUAAGCCUGAAAAUGGCAACCUUAAAGAAAAGCCAAUAACUGAACACAUCAAUGAUAUAAAACAUAAUCGUGGUGAAAAUAGAGACUUAUAUGUUGAAUCUGCACCAUCAAUUUCAAAUGAGAGAGUUCCACAUUCAUUGCCGGUUGAGUCUUCAAAUGAUGAUAGUCGAUCAAUUAAUAAUAGCAACAAUUCAAAAGAUAACAAUCUGAACGAAAACGAUGCGAUCAAUAAAUGUCCAAUAUGUCUUAUGAUAUUUCCAUUGAAAAUGAAACAUGAUGAUCGCUCUCAACAUAUCAAUGAACAUUGUACUGAUGAUUAA